AUCCUGACCCCGUUUUCCAUGUUUGACCCUCUGACGUUCAGUGACGUUAAAGACUCUAUAUGUGUGAUUAUCCAGCUAAACCUCGCUGUCAGCUGAUGUUGGUCUGUGAUGGCAGUGUUUCAGGCUGCUCCUAUGAGAUCCUCAGAUGAAAUCACAUGGCGAGGGAGAGAGAGAGGGAGCGUCAGAUCAUCAUCAAUGAAUGGGAGAUGAGAGCGAGCUCAGACAGACGCAGGGACACACUCGUGCUUCUCUCCCUCUGCUGUAGUGUGCGUUGCUCCCGCUGCGGUCAUAACGAUGCGAGAGGAGAGGAAUAUGGCUCUGUGGCGUCCACUCCAGACUCAACGCCUCCAUGCACCGAUGGCGGAAACGAGGAGUCCGAGAUGUGCGAGCUGCAAACCGCCAGGGAAUGGUCUGACGACGAGGAGGGGGGAGACGGGGAUCCAGAUGAUGACGAGGGACUGGCGUCGUCCCCGUCCAUCUGGGGCACGCCGCGUCAGAACUCCUUUGAGCUGACUUUCUCUUACAUCGCCAUCGCCGAGCCCGAGGCGGUGGGAGCCUCGCGUCACCUCCGUGACCGACGCAGGGCCGGCUCUCGGGGAAGCCGCACUCCUCUGAUCCGCACGGACACCCUGGAGACACUGUUGGACUCCCCCGAUGUGGACUGGGACCCUCAAGCCUUUCUCAGUCGAGAGGAGGAAUCGGAGAGGAGUGAGCAGGAGAGGAUGGCGAGUGCAGCGGUGAGGAGGGAGCAGCACAGACAAACUGAGACUAUCACGAUCCAGCCCUCUCCCCAAAAUCUGGACCCGGACACUCAGGAGAGCGACGCAGGAACCCAAAGAGAGGAGACGCCGAGCAGUCUGGCUGUCCAGCCUCCCUCUCCGUCCCCAUCUUCCCAGCAUCAGAGCCCCUCACAGAUACUUCAGGCAGCAACUUCACCGACCCCUGAGCCAGAGUCUCCCGUCGCCAUGGAAACCAUUUCAGUCAAGCUGCUCACAUCUGUGCGACCUAGAGGCCCGGCUGCCAUCGGUCUAAACUCUCAGGAACAGCUGGUCAGCGAUCACUGGUUUUCGGCACUCAACCUGUCAGAGGACCCGGCAGUUUGCACCCACAUCGCAGUGAUGGACCUGAUCUACUGGAAGGAGACGGAGCGGACGGGCAUGGUGCUGACGGGGUUAGUGGUCGGCCUGCUGUCCCUGUUCCAGCUCAGCAUCAUCACCGUGAUCUCCACGGUCUCCCUCGCCGUCAUGUGCUUCACCAUCUCAGUGCGCAUCUACUACCAACUCCUCUACGUCCUCAGCUGGGGCGACGGAGAGCACCCCUUCAAGUCGUACAUGGACCUGGAUAUCAGUCUCAGUGGAGAGGAGGUCGACCGCUACAUGCGGAGAGCCAUCGUCAUGUUUCUGUCUGCUGUUGACACACUGAAGGAACUCCUUUUUGUCAAAAACGUUGUCGAGUCACUUAAGCUCCUGGUUCUGAUGUACCUUGUGACGUACCUGGGACAACUGUGCAAUGGCCUUACUCUGCUCAUCAUAAGUGUGAUCGCUGUCUUUUCUCUGCCUCUUUUAUACCAACGGCGCCAGGAGGAGGUGGACAGCUUUGUUGAGAAAAUCCAGGCCAAAAUUGACAACAUCAAGGACAUCUUUAAAAGACUUGCCCAGGGUGGUGGCCCUCCCCCUGACCCAACUCCCGGCGGCGCCAAACCCAAAAACCAGUAAACACUGAUGGACAAGGACUUGUAGAGAAGCUCCCGGAGUCACAGGCUGUCACUCAGAUGUCUUACCCCAGCAGUCUGUGCUCGAAAACUCCAGAGAAGUUGAGCCCCAGAGACUGGGGAAGGGAAGGGGAGAUUAUUUAAACGGACAAUGACGAGGAUCACGCAUGGUACUUUAUACUCUAACUGUAUCUAGGUUACGGGGUUGGAGGUUGGGGUUUGGGUUCAAAUGUAAUCGAGGUUUAUGAAUCGCAGAUGAGACUCUCGCUGCUCACGUCACGGAUGGGAAGAUUCGACGACGCGGCGUCACGUGUGUGACCAUUUUUGGAAGUAAUCACUGUUUUUAUUGUGUAAAAAAUGACUCAAGAAGUGUCUUUGGCGGUUGAGAGCUGUAGUCCAAAUGAGAUGAGAUGCUGCAGCCAGGAGAAGUUCCCACACCGACAGGGGAGCGAGGUGUUAAGGUGACUGAAGUGAGGAGACAAAAAAACAGGGCUGAUCAUCGAUUCAUGGCAGCAUAAUACUGGCAAUUAAGGAUGCAUGUGUCAGCACAUGCUCUUCUCUGAAUGCAUAUUCAUUCUCAUGACGGUUUAUCUGUGUGUAUGCAAGUGUGUGAGACUGAGUGUGUGUGCUUGUGUGUGUGUGUGUGUGUGUGUGUGUGUGUGUGCGUGUGUGUGUAAUUGCUGACAUACAUCUCACUGGAACGAAAAACUAAAAGCAAUUAAAGUCACGUUUCUUCUUUAUUUUCUACAACGUUCUGUUUCUUUU